AUGGGGCGUUAUAAUAAUUUUUUCUAUGAAUUUGAUGUCAAGAUUUUGGAGAGGCUUCUCCAAAGGUGUCAAUACCAUGUAACCACUGCUCAUAGUGCACUAACAGCACUGAACUUAUUGAGAGAAAACAAAAGCAAUUUUGACCUAGUAAUCAGCAAUGUUCAUAUGCCAGACAUGGAUGGAUUUAAGCUUCUUGAGCUUGUUGGACUUGAGAUGGAUUUACCUGUCAUAAUGUUUUCUGCAAAUGAUGAUCCAAAGAUGGUGAUGAAAGGAAUUGAACAUGGUGCUUGUGAUUAUCUGGUGAAACCUGUUAGACUGAAAGAGGUACAGAUCAUUUGGCAGCAUGUAAUCAGGAAGAAGAAAACUCGAACUGUUUGGUCUGCUGAUUUACACGGCAAGUUUGUUGCUGCUGUUAAUCAAUUAGGCGUUGACAAGGCUGUACCGAAAAAGAUUCUUGAACUGAUGAAUGUUGAAAAUCUGACAAGGGAGAAAGUUGCCAGCCAUAUCCAGAAGUAUAGACUCUAUCUAAAAAGAAUUAGUUGUGCGGAAGACAAACAAGAUCAUAUGGCAGCAGCCAUAGCUAGUAGUUCAGAUGCAUCCUAUCAACUCAACUGCCAAUCUUUCCCAGUGACAUUCUUUUCCCACCCCCCAUACUUCUCACAUAUCUUUCAUGAUUUGUAA